CACUCCACCGGUCAGUGGGUAAGCCGUGUCCUGGAAGCGACGCUCUUGGUCAAAUCAGCGUCCCUCAGCCAACACAGUUUCCAGGAAUACGUGAGCAGAAAACUCUAAAUAACAAACACUUUUUCUGGGUCACUCUGCGGCUAUAAACAACAUAAACGACUCUGAAUUAGUCAAAUCAGCGUCAUCAUUCAUUGACAGCUGAACUUGGUCAAAUCGGCGUCACGCAGCUUCCAGGAACACACACAGUCUUGAAAUUAAGCUUUUCUGGGAACUUUGCCGCGAUAAACAACAGUAACGAGAAUAGAAAAGAAUAGAAAGAGCGUUAUUCUCCCGUUUGCCUUCAUAGCAUAGCGAUAGCAAACUUUUUAACAUAUCAAACCGCCCAGACGUGGCUCCAACCACUCUAAAGCGGCCGAGGAGACUGAACUUGCCAUCUCUUAAUUUUCAAAGCCAAUCCGCUAGAACGACAACAAGAUUAACGGUCUCAUUCAAUCGGUUUUUUUUUACCAUAAUAACAAAAACAUACUCGGUGCAAAACCAUACAAUCCUGUUUUUGUACGUGAAACCAAACCACACCAUCACGUUUUCUCUACUACUCUAUGUGAACAACCUCGACCUCUCUGUGAUAAAUCAGCAUAAACAACGGUCAAGAGCUCUCCGGUAACCAUGGCGCGAUGGACGACGCUCAACAGACCCAUGAUGCUGCUAGCGGUGUUGGGGACUCUCUGGGGGUACUGCCAGUGCUCACCCUUCCCUCAAAGCACCCUCUGCAAACUGUUAAGCGGACCAAACCCUCAUAAAUACCGAUCUGACCCUCCUGACUCCAAACUGCCGAGGUUGAAUGCGCUCAACGACGCGAACUUGCAGAAGAGUCAGGAUCCAGCCCAGAGCACCUCAAAUGCCCCCCACCCAGCGGUCGUACGUCUCCAGAAGGGGGAUUUGAACCAGCCGGGGCGCGAGUCGGUGUCCUACAAAGGGUACAAGCUCCUGCGCACUGAUGUGGAGGCGUCCCAGCUGCCCGUGGUGGACUCGCUGGACACGGCUGAGGGAGUCGAUCUGUGGUCCUGGCGGAAGAAUGAACGAAGUCUGCUGUUUGAGAUCGACCUCCUGACGCCGCCCGCCGCUGAGUCCAAGGUCAAACGCGUCUUCACGGAAAACAACCUUCGCUACCAGGAGGUCAUCAAGGACUUGCAGGAUGCCAUCAACCAGCAGACGAAGGAUGACUUGUUCUUCAGCUGGAACCGACCCGCGCAUCCUAUGACCUGGGAGAAAUACCACUCCUACAACGAGAUGGAGGAGUACCUGGAAUACCUGCGCACCGAAUACCCCCACCUCGUGACCCUGGAGGAGAUCGGCCAUUCCUUCGAGAACAGGUCACUGCGAGUCGCCAAGGUGUCGACGGGCGCGAACAGGACGGCCAUUUGGAUCGACGGAGGCCUGCACGCGCGGGAGUGGAUCACGCCCGCCACCGCCAUGUUCAUUCUGCACCGCCUGGUCGAGGGCAGCUGGGAGACGCCGGAGCUGCUCAACCACUUCGACUGGUACAUCCUGGCCCUGGGCAACCCCGACGGUUAUGAAUACUCGCGUCAGCACGACCGGCUAUGGCGCAAGACUCGCUCCAUCAACCCAGAGUUUCCGGACUGCGUGGGCGUCGACCCCAACAGGAACUUUGGCUACAAGUGGGCCGCCGGCGGGUCGUCCAUGAGGGCCUGCAGCAGCAUCUACCACGGGCCCCAGCCUUUCUCCGAGCCCGAGACCCGAGCCAUCAGGGACUUCCUCCUCGCCCACAAAGACCAGCUGAAGGCGUACGUGAGCCUCCACUCGUACUCCCAGAUGUGGCUGACGCCGUGGUCACACACCGAGACGCUGCCGGGCAACCACGAGAAGCUGCAGGAGGUGGGGCGGCAGGCGGUGGCGGCCAUCAAGGGCUACAACGGCACGGAGUACAUCCAAGGCAAUGUUCCGUCCCUCCUGUACGUGGCCUCGGGAUCCUCAAUGGACUACGCCAUGGGGGUCGCCGGCAUCCCCUACGCCUUCACCCUCGAGCUGAGAGACAGAGGCACGUACGGCUUUCUGCUGCCCAAGGAGGAGAUCAGACCCACCGGAGAGGAGACCUUCGAGGGCAUCCGGGCCAUGACCACCACUAUCUUCCACCAACUGUACCCGGGGAAGCAGUUUUCUUGAGUAAGUAAAGGACGGCGCAGCAAGUCCUCCGCUCAAAGGCCCUUCACGAAUACCCUAUAGUUUGAAUCCUUUAUCACUUUCCUGCCGUUAGCGUCAGGGUUGCCACGCCAGUUAUGAAGUAGUAGCCUAUACCUGAGUGAACCUGAGAAACCAGAAGAAAGAAAGGUAUCAGGUGAAGGAAAAAGGUACCAGAUGAAGAAGAAAAAAGUACCAGAUUAAGAAAAGAAAGGCACAAGAUUAAGAAAAAAAGGCAUCAGAUUAAGAAAAAAGGUAUCAGAUUAAGAAAAAAGGUACCGAAAGAAAAAG